AUGCUCAAGGUAAAACAAAAAACUGUCAGAAGUCAUCCAACCAUUAUCAUAGCCACUGAACCAGGAGGUGCUCCUUCUAUUAAUUGUUUAAUGCAAAAAUUUUGUUGCGUAAACAAUUUAGCUUUGAGAGGAUCUAAUUGUGAUAUAGGAAAACCUGGCUGUGGAAUAUUCUUAAAUUUAAUUGGUCUAAUUAGCAAUUAUGAUUCUGUUUUAUCAAGUUACUUAAAACAUAAGGGGCAAAUCACAUAUUUAUCAAAUAAAAUCCAAAAUGAAUUUAUAAAUUUACUCGGUUCAAAAGUACGAAAUGAAAUCAUUCAGAGGAUAAAAAAUUCAAAAUACUUUUCUAUUAUUUUUGAUUCCACCCCGGAUGUUUCUCGUGAAGAUCAACUUUGUGAAAUUAUAAGAUAUGUUAGAGAAGUUAAUAACGAGUUUGUCAUUGAAGAAAGUUUCGUGGAUUUUAUUUAUAUCAAUGAAAAGACUGGACUUGGAAUAGCUUCUGAUGUAUUACAAAAGUUGGAGAAAGAUGGACUUAGUUUUAAGAAUUGUCGUGGACAGGGCUAUGAUAACGGCGCAAACAUGGCGGGAAAAUAUCAAGGUGUACAAGCUCGAUUAAAAGAGAUUAAUGAACAUGCUCAGUUUGUCCCUUGUGCUGCACACAGCCUUAAUUUAAUCGGCGUACAUGCUGAUAGUGUAUCAGUAAAAAUGAUUUCGUUUUUCGGUAUUGUACAAAAUAUAUUUAACUAUUUUUCUGGAUCAACAAGUCGCUGRGAAUUACUAAUGCGGUGUUUGAAAAUAACAUUAAAAACGCACAGUGACACAUGCUGGGCAUCUAAAUAUAAUGCAGUUCAUUCGUUGUAUUGUCAAUUUGGCGGUGUGAUAAAAGCUUUACGUGACAUAUCCACCAAUCCAAUUUUUGGCGAUGGGGUUGCUAAUGCACAAAAUCAGGCUUCAAAAAUGAUAAAUUGUUUAAAUGUUUCUCUCCAAGAAAUGCGUGAUAGUGGAAAUGAACAAAUUAAAACUGAAGCUAUUAGUAUUUGUGAUAAAGUUGGAAUAAAAUCUGAAUUAAAAAUCAAAAGGACAAUAAAAAGGAAAGUUAUGAGUGGAGAAAAUUCAUCGGAUAUUCCAAAUAUUGAUACUACCCAUAAAGGAACUCAACAUUCAUUAAAAUUAAGGACUAUAGCUGCUAAAACUAGUGGCAUAUUACAAAAAUUAUUUGUUACUCUAUUAAUUGUUUGCCCACAUUCAAUGACGACAGAAAGAGUGAUUUCACAUUAUAAUCAAAUAAAAACUACUCAUAAAAUUAGCUUAUUAGAAGAAACCAACGGAGUUGGAACCACAUUCUAUGAUCCUCGACCAGCUGUUAUAGCAUUUUUAAAUACAAAAGAAAUACGCUAUCGMUAA